UCUGGCUGGACAGCAGGCAUCGGGUCACCAGGCAUCAGGUCAUUUGGCUCGACAGCGGGCACCGCGUCAUCUGGCAAGGCAGUGAGUGGGCUCCGAGUCAACUGGUAUGACCGCGGGCACUGGGUCAUUUGGCUCGACAGCGGGCACCGCGUCAUCUGGCAAGGCAGUGGGCUCCGAGUCAACAGGCACGACAGUGAGCACCGGGGCAUCAGGUACCGGAUUGUCUGGCUCGACAGCGGGCAUCGGGUCACCAGGUAUGACAGCGGGCACUGGGUCACCAGGCAUCAGGUCAUUUGGCUUGCCAGCGGGCACCGCGUCAUCUGGCAAGGCAGUGGGCACCGGGUCACCAGAUAUGACAGCGGGCUCUGAGUCAAUUGGCACGACAGCGGGCACUGGAUCAUUGGUACCGGAUCAUCUGGAUCAACAGCGGGCAUCGAGUGGUCAACUGGCCCAACAGGAUCGUCGGGCUGGACCAGCUCAUCAUGCUGAGUAGCGGCAUCAGCUGAAUGCAGGCAUCAGGCUGAGGAGAGGCUUCAGGCUGAAGAGAGGCAUCCGGCUGAAGAGAGGCAUCCGGCUGAAGAGAGGCAUCAGGUCCGAGUAGAGGCUUCAGGCUGAGUAGAGGCUUCAGCUGAACCACGGAAGGCAGGCUCACCGGUUGGAUACUGGCAGGAUGGUAUUGGUUGGAAAGAAUUUUCGCUUUUUUCUGGUUUUAACUACUGGAGCACUGCAAGUAAACGCAGGUCUGCAAAACGAAAUGGAGCAGCUGGAGACAGAGAAAACUGGAGGAUAGAACAGGAGAGGGAGCAGUUGCUACAGAGGGCUCUUUUACAGGGUUAAAGGCAGGAUAGGUGCAGCGAGUGGGAACAGGGUACUGACAUGCGGUAGAUAG